AUGCCUGCUCCCUACAACACCAACACCACUGCAGGCGAGCUCGUCUCUGACUACGCUCAUUUGAUCAAGGGCAAGGUCAUCCUGACGACGGGCGUGUCUUCAAACUCCCUUGGAGCAGUCUUCGUGCAGUCAGUCGCUGCAGCCAAUCCAUCAUGUCUUAUCCUGGCAGCUCGCAAUGUCGGCAAAUUGACUCAGACAGCAGCAGAGAUUACCGCCGCGCAUCCUACGGUCAAGGUGCGCACCUUGCAGGUAGAUUUGGCCUCUCUGCAAAGUGUUCGUGCUGCCGCUACCGAAAUCAAUGCAUGGGAUGACCUCCAGGCCAUUGACGUGCUAGUCAACAACGCGGGAAUCAUGGCUGUGGACUACCGACUCUCCCCGGACGGAUUCGAAUCGCAGUUUGCCACCAACCAUCUGGGGCCGUUCUUUUUCACCAAUCUCAUCAUGAAGAAGAUUGUUGCGGCUAAGGAGCCCAGGAUUGUAGUUGUCAGCAGCGAGGGCCAUCGAUUGAAUCCAGUUCGGUUCCAUGAUUACAAUUUCGAUGAUGGAAAGACAUAUAACCGUUGGCGCGCCUACGGGCAGAGUAAAUCCUGCAACGUUCUCUUUGCUAUCUCACUCGCCCAAAAACUGGGUGUUAAGUCCGGAUUACAAGCGUUCAGCCUCCACCCAGGGGCCAUCGUCACGAACUUGAGUGCUCACCUGAACUUGGAAACGGCGCAAGACGAACUUCAGAAUUUAGACAAGUGGCUGGGUAACCGUGAAGGCUGGAAACGGUUUGAUCUAAAGUCACCGGAGAGAGGUGCUGCCACCCACGUAUACGCAGCCUUCGAUCCCAACCUGAAAUGUAGCAAUGGAGCUUAUCUGACUGACUGCCAUGUGGCGGACCCUAUGGUCGACACGAUCAAGCCGUGGGCGACGAAUAGCUUCGAAGCAGAGAGACUGUGGCGGCUGAGCGAAAGGCUGGUUGGGCAAGAGUUUCCAUAUUAG